UUUUCAUUUCUGAGAAUUACUCUGUGCCUUUCUAAAUCUUUCUAGCCAUUAAAAUGGCGGAUAGUUCCUUGGAACGAGUUAAAAAUAACGAAGUUGAUCUUGAGAAAAUUCCUAUCGAAGAUGUGUUCACAAACUUGAACUGUACAAGGGAUGGGUUGAAUGGCGAGGAAGGGUCUAAAAGGCUCAAAAUUUUUGGCCACAAUAAACUCGAGGAGAAAAAGGAAAAUAAGAUACUCAAGUUCUUAGGGUUCAUGUGGAAUCCUCUUUCAUGGGUCAUGGAAUUUGCAGCCAUUAUGGCCAUUGUGUUAGCAAAUGGUGGUGGCAGGCCACCAGAUUGGCCAGAUUUUGUAGGCAUAGUUGUGCUUCUUCUCAUCAACUCAACCAUUAGUUUCAUUGAAGAAAACAACGCUGGGAAUGCUGCGGAAGCCCUGAUGGCAAGCCUAGCCCCAAAGUCCAAGAUUUUGAGGAACGGAAAAUGGAGCGAGCAAGAUGCUGCCAUCUUAGUUCCUGGAGAUAUAAUAAGCAUCAAGCUUGGAGAUAUUGUCCCAGCUGAUGCUCGUCUUCUUGAAGGUGAUACAUUAAAGAUCGAUCAAUCUGCCCUUACGGGCGAGUCACUCCCUGUAACCAAGAAUCCUGGUGAGGCAGUGUUUUCAGGCUCUACAUGCAAGCAGGGGGAGAUUGAGGCCGUCGUCAUAGCCACCGGUGUCCGAACAUUUUUUGGGAAGGCUGCUCACCUUGUGGACAGCACCAACCAAGCGGGCCAUUUCCAACAGGUAUUGACUUCCAUUGGUAACUUCUGCAUAUGCUCAAUUGGUGUUGGAAUGGCCAUCGAAAUUGUCGUGAUAUACGGAAUUCAACGAAGACCAUAUAGAGACGGCAUUGAUAACUUGUUAAUCCUUCUCAUUGGAGGUAUCCCGAUUGCUAUGCCGACAGUUUUAUCUGUAACAAUGGCUAUCGGGUCUCAUUACCUUGCAAAACAAGGUGCCAUCACCAAGAGGAUGACUGCCAUUGAGGAAAUGGCAGGAAUGGAUAUUCUUUGUAGUGACAAAACGGGUACCCUCACACUUAACAAGCUAACCGUCGACAAAUCCCUAAUUGAGGUUUUUGCAAAGAAUUGCGACAAGGACGCGGUGGUGUUGUAUGGUGCUCGUGCUUCUAGGGUCGAAAACCAAGAUGCUAUUGAUGCUUGUAUUGUCAGCAUGCUGGCUAAUCCAAAAGAGGCGCGAGCUGGAAUCAAAGAGGUCCACUUCCUGCCAUUUAAUCCAGUUGACAAGCGCACCGCUAUCACCUACAUUGAUGACAAAGGAGACUGGUACCGAUUAAGCAAGGGUGCACCAGAGCAAAUCAUUGAACUUUGUGAACUCAAUGGCGAAACACUAAAGCGAGCUCACGACAUCAUAGAUGGCUUUGCGAACCGAGGUCUUCGAUCCUUGGCUGUUGCUCGACAAACUGUGCCAGAGAAGACAAAGGAGAGUGCAGGCUCACCGUGGGAGUUUAUUGGAUUGUUGCCACUUUUUGACCCGCCAAGACAUGAUAGCGCUGAGACUAUUCGAAAGGCUUUAGAACUUGGUGUAAAAGUUAAGAUGAUUACCGGAGAUCAGCUGGCAAUUGGCAAGGAAACGGGUAGAAGACUUGGCAUGGGUACCGAUAUGUAUCCUUCUUCUUCCCUUCUCUCUCAAACCAAUGAUGAUAAUAACUCCUCCAUCGAUCAACUCAUUGAAAAGGCAGAUGGAUUCGCCGGAGUUUUCCCUGAGCACAAGUACGAGAUUGUUAAAAGGUUACAGCAUAGGAAUCACAUCUGCGGGAUGACAGGGGAUGGUGUGAACGAUGCACCGGCACUUAAAAGGGCAGACAUUGGAAUAGCUGUGGCCGAUGCCACAGAUGCUGCCAGGAGUGCAUCUGAUAUAAUCCUGACAGAGCCAGGGCUGGGUGUGAUCGUAAGUGCUGUAUUGACAAGUCGGGCCAUCUUCCAAAGGAUGAAAAACUACACGAUCUAUGCCGUCACAAUCACAGUCAGAAUUGUGAUGGGGUUCAUGCUCAUCACUCUCAUUUGGAAGUUUGACUUUUCACCAUUCAUGAUUCUUAUCAUAGCCAUCCUUAAUGAUAGCACCAUCAUGACAAUCUCCACAGAUAGGGUUAAGCCUUCUCCCCUACCUGACUUGUGGAGACUCAAUGAAAUCUUUAUCACUGGUGCCGUACUAGGAACUUAUCUUGCAGCUGUAACCGUCGUGUUCUUUUGGCUCUCUGCCAAAACUGACUUCUUCCCCAAAAUCUUUGGUGUUCACUCGAUUAUUGGAAAUGAGGAUGAGAUCACAGCAGCACUUUACCUUCAAGUGAGCAUCAUCAGCCAGGCGCUCAUCUUUGUGACCAGGUCUCAACGUUGGUCAUUUCUAGAGCGCCCUAGCACCUUGCUCAUUCUCGCAUUCGCACUAGCUCAGAUAUUGGCUACAUUGCUCGCCGUAUAUGCAGACUGGAAUUUUGCUGAGAUGCAAGGAGUAGGAUGGAGAUGGGCUGCAGUGAUCUGGAUCUUUAGUAUCAUUACCUACUUCCCACUAGAUAUCCUGAAGUUAAUCAUCCAUGCAGCAUUAGAUGGAUACUCUAGAUAGCAAUGAAUUGGAACUCUGUAUAUCCUUCGUAAAUAGGGUAUGUGGAGUCUCAGUGAGGCUAAGGCUAUUGGUGUUGGUACCACUAUACACCACCACCACCACAAAACAUCAUACCAUGGAAGACCUCUGGUAGGG